AAACUUCCUCCAGUAUUUCCCGUCUUCUUCUCCAAUCCUGUUCCCCCACCAAAAGAAAAAAUCCUCACUUUUGCAAAUCUCUCCAUAACCUAACAAUUAACAAAAGAAAAAAAAUGUCAACCACGUUCAGCGGAGAUGAAACGGCACCGUUUUUUGGCUUCCUUGGCGCCGCAGCUGCCCUUGUUUUCUCAUGUAUGGGAGCAGCGUAUGGAACGGCAAAGAGUGGAGUGGGCGUGGCAUCAAUGGGAGUGAUGAGACCAGAGCUGGUAAUGAAAUCGAUAGUGCCAGUUGUUAUGGCUGGAGUUUUAGGUAUUUAUGGUUUAAUUAUUGCGGUUAUUAUUAGUACUGGUAUUAACCCGAAGGCCAAAUCCUAUUACCUUUUUGAUGGCUACGCUCAUUUGUCUUCGGGUCUCGCUUGUGGUCUCGCUGGCCUCUCUGCUGGCAUGGCUAUCGGUAUUGUUGGUGAUGCCGGGGUUAGGGCUAAUGCACAGCAGCCAAAGCUUUUGUGGAAUGAUUCUUAUUCUCAUAUUUGCUGAGGCAUUGGCAUUGUAUGGCCU